CCUUUUCAAUCCGGAAGUGACGUCAAGCUUCACCCCGGAAACUACAAUUUCCCUUUUCAAUUCCCGCUUCCGGUAUCCCCAUUACCAACAUCGUUUGAAGGUGCCUACGGCAGUGUACGAUAUUGGUUAGAUGCCGUGGUGGACCGACCGUGGAGAAUUGAUCUCAAUACCCGCACACCCCUGGUAAUUGUUGAGCGCGUACAGAUUAGGAAACCACAAUUCCUCGUAAGUACUGACUCGAAAUUUAUUCCGUGCCCAAGUAAGAACUCUUCUAAAUAUGGCUCGAGUGGGAACUACCACAACUUAUCUUUUCACAUUAAAGAGAAUCCCGAAAAAAUUACAAUCCCUUAAAAUUUUUAUAGUCCUGAACACGAUGUAUAACUAUACAAUAAGUUCUCCCCCAUUUUCAAACAGAAAAGGGGGCUGAAGAAGUAAACACUGCUGGCUCAUUCUUUGUCGGCUGAUGUUUUGGUAACAUUCGCCUUUAUCCUGGUCCAAAAGAGGUGUGCAAAAACCGCAAAGGUGUAUGGCGUAUGCUGGUUGCUUUUUUAAGUAGGAAUGUUUAAAAUCAAAAGUGAUUUCUCAAAGAGAGAAGAAAAUCACCAAUUGCAAGCCCAUCUGCAAUCAUGUAGCCGAUUGCUCACUUACUCUCUGAUCAUUCGUUGUCGAUCGUCAGGAACUAAGAUUGAAACAAAAAGAUCGUAUGUUGGGUUGGCCAUGUUGCCCUUCAGACCAGCUGCACACCAAAGCCCGCAUAGGAGGUGUAGCUUAUUGCCCUGGUCAGGACUUCAAGAUAUCUGGACUAGUAAAUAACGAGAGCAGCAAAAAAGUUAUCGGUUUUGAAGCGCAACUUGUACAGAGAGUGCUAUACAAAACACCUGAAGGUAAGGAUUAACCCUUUAACCACUAGAAAUGACAAGGAUCUAAUUUCUCCUCACAGUAUCGCUGCUAAAUCAAUAA